AUAAACAUUGUCUCGCACUAAACAAUUUAAUUUAACAAUUAAAUUAUUUUUUUUGUAGAAACACACUGCUACUUGUCAAACAAACUCUACUCCAUUGUUGCAAAGAUGGGAAAGAUAUAUGAGCGUCGUCUCGAACAGCCAACGCCAAAUGCAUCUAUGGGAGAAAUUAUACUGAACAAAUUGCGCGAGAACGGCAAUCGUGUUUAUGCAAUAGAUGGACUAACCGGAAAUCGGAUGACAUAUAGAGAACUACUCCAGAAAAGCGUGAAAUUAGCAAAGUUUUUACAAAAGUUUGGGAUAGAAAUCGGGGACAGAAUUGGCAUCGCAACUGAAAAUCGAUUGAAUUGGUUAAUACCAGUUUACGCGAGUAUUUAUCUCGGUGCUAUAAUUGCACCAUACAGUCCUAUCUACACGGAAUGUAAGUAA